AUGUGCAGGAAGCUAGGAUACAUUGGUCAAAUGCUGCUGGUACUGGUGUCCCUCCUCUGCUGUGUCCCUGCAGCCGAGGCCUGUCUGCAGUGUGACCACAGGAUCAGGCUCCUACUUGAGGACUUAGUCCUGUCUGCUCCCACUGUGGACAAUCAGAUUGAAAUGAAAAAGAUUUGUGAUCAUGCAUACGUGACCUACAGAGAGACCAGCCAGGAGCGAAAAGGAGUCAUUGAUCCCACCACUCUGUACAGAGCCAGAACUGAGUACCAGAGUGAAUUUGACCGCUUUUUGAAAACCAAGCAAACUGGAUCUGUAACAUUUGAAGCCAUUCAGAUCCUGGAGAAGGGCAGGAAAAUCCUAGAAAAACACUUGGACACAUUUAUUCGUGAUGGAUUGUGCCCCAACAAGUGUGGUCUUUUGAAACAAAGAGUAAUAGAUUGCUUCUCUUGUCGCUACAAGAUAUACAUCUGUCCCUCUCCCUCUGGCCAGCUGGACUGUGGUGAGUACCCAGUGCUGGCUGAGGAGGGAGGCCAGGCAGUGUUGAAAUGUUUCCUUCCAUGGCAUCGUCUUCUGUUGGAAAAACCAGAGUACCAUUACUCCUGGGCCCCUGGCUUGCCAGGAACUGCAAAGCUGAUCGAGAGUAACUUCAAAGCCUUGGUAGUGACAGAUGACUCAUCUGUGGUCUUAAAUCAGCUGCAUAUGGAUGAACAAGGAACAUAUCGCUGCUCUCUGCAAGAUCAACGUGGAACAGUCUUCUACCAAGUCACUUUCCUACUGACUGUCUCCCAUUUACCUGACCAAACACACCGACCCACGAUCACUCUACCCUCACUCCCCCACGGAGCCAACUACUCACCUUUUCAACCUGCUGCGGGCCUGCUGGUGCCAGUCAUCGCCAUGGUUACUGUUUUGAGUCUGGCAGGAAGCGUAGGCCUCGUUGUUGUCCUGGGAGUGAUGAUGAGUCAGAGGAGAGCUGCUGAGGAGCCGAGGAGAAAGAGGAAGGAGGACAAAAACACACAUAACACAGUGUGAUCAAAAUACUGUAUACAGUACACACACGCAUACAGUAAAUGCCAGGGAGGUUUUACUCACUUCAUAUCAGAUAUUUCUCUCAGUGGCUGAAUAAAUUCCCCAACACAAAGUGCUAAAUCAUGUCUAGAAAUAACACAGAAGUGGAAAAAGCUGUUAGCUACAUGCAAAUGAGGCACAAAGGUUGUCUAAAUGUUUUUGAUCAAAAUAUUGUUUGUCCCAAACAAUGAACUAGGAUUGUCAAUGUGAAUCACGGUGAAUCGAACACUGCAAUCUCACUCUUAAAACAAAUGUUUGUGGUGUAAGAAAACUAGAGCCUACAACACACCCACACUUACACACACACACACACACACACACACACACACACACACACACACAC